AGAGGAAAAGGGGAAAAUAUUAUAGAAAAUGGGGAAGGCAAUCUACAGGCAAAAAGUUUUGCUUGAUCACUUGCGUCCCUCUUCACAAUCCCAUCAAUCAUCUGCUGCUACUGCUACUCUCUUUCCUUCAAUUUGUGCGGCGGGGGAUAGCGCUGCUUAUCCCCGGACUGCUGCUUUUGGGGAUGAUAUUGUGAUUGUAGCGGCAUGCCGCACUCCAAUUUGCAAAUCAAAGCGUGGUGGCUUUAAGGAUACACCAGCGGAUGACUUGCUUGCCUCUGUGUUGAAGGCUUUGAUUGAUAGAACAAAGGUGAACCCAAGUGAAGUCAGAGAUAUAGUUGUCGGUACAGUGUUGGCACCUGGUUCAGUCAGAGCAACUGAGUGUAGGAUGGCGGCAUUCUAUGCCGGUUUCCCCGAUACGGUGCCUAUCAGAACUGUCAACAGGAAAUGUUCAUCGGGACUACAAGCAGUUGCCGAUGUUGCUGCUUGCAUAAAAGCAGGAUUUUAUGAUAUCGGCAUUGGUGCUGGAUUGGAGAGCAUGACAACUGAUGGUUUAGUUGCUGGGUUAGAGAAAGUUAACCCAAAAACUGAUAGCUUUGCCCAAGCCCGGGAUUGUCUUCUUCCUAUGGGCAUUACUUCAGAAAAUGUUGCACAGCGCUAUGGUAUCACACGGCAGGAGCAAGACCAGGCCGCUGUUGAAUCACAUAGGCGUGCUGCUGCUGCAACAGCAUCUGGUAAAUUCAAAGAAGAAAUUAUCCCUGUAGUAACAAAGAUUGUGAAUCCUAAAACUGGAGAAGAGAAGCCAGUCGUAAUUUCUGUGGACGAUGGGAUCCGUCCAGACACAAACAUGGCAGGUCUAGCCAAGUUGAAGCCUGCAUUUAAGAAUGAUGGAACCACAACCGCUGGAAAUGCUAGCCAAAUGAGCGAUGGCGCAGGAGCAGUCCUCCUCAUGAAGCGAGGUUUGGCUAUGCAGAAAGGACUUCCAAUCCUUGGUGUUUUCAGAAGUUUUGCUGCUGUUGGUGUGGAUCCUGCUGUGAUGGGCACUGGUCCUGCUGUCGCUAUACCAGCCGCAGUUAAGUCUGCAGGUCUUAAGAUUGAUGAUAUUGACUUGUUUGAGAUCAAUGAGGCAUUUGCAUCUCAGUUCGUAUACGCUUGUAAGAAACUGGAGCUUGAUUCUGAAAAGGUUAACGUUAAUGGAGGUGCAAUAGCCCUCGGGCAUCCUUUGGGUUGUACAGGGGCUCGCUGUGUUAGUACCCUGUUGUACGAGAUGAAGCGUCGUGGGAAGUACUGUUGCUUCGGAGUGGUCUCAAUGUGCAUAGGCAGUGGAAUGGGAGCAGCAGCUGUCUUUGAAAGGGGAGACUAUGUUGAUGAACUCUGCAAUGCUCGAGCUGUCUAAAGCUAACGAGCUUCUAUCAAAGGAUAAUGCUCCGUAUAUG